UGGGCAGAGUAUGCGCAGUGUGUCUCGGCGGGUAGAAGGGUUGCAGCGCUCUUUUGUUUAGCGGAGGUGGAUCGAACGCGGGAGGCCCGUUGUUCAACCGUCGCUCUCUCUUUUUUUUUUUCUUUAAAACGAGACCGGCUUGCUCCGACUGCAGCUCGCGCCUUCUCUUUCCCUCCCGCUUGUUUGUUUUUAUUUCCCCUCGUGCGUUCUUGGUGGGGCUGAAGAAGUUAAGUAGCCAACCAGAUGCCCAUGGAAAGCCCACAAGCACAUCAUGAGCGCAAUAGCCCUCUUCUGCUGCUGUUCCCCAGCAACUGGUAUUCAGAGACAAGCAGCAUAUGAAGCCUUACUCAUUUCUUUCAAGAGCCCUUCAAUUAACACUUAACUUAUUUUGCAACUGCUGAUAACAUCUUUGGAGCGUUAUGUGAACCCCACAGGAAUCGAAUUGAAAUUCUGAAAAUUGCAUUGAAUUCCUAAAUGCUUAACACCAAUGAGGAAUGCACGUGAUCCAGAAAGCAGAGGGGAGUUAAGCCUCCUUUAAACCGCAAAGCUGGCGAGCACAAUGGGAAAAAAGCAGAACAAGAAGAAAGUGGAGGAAGUCCUCGAAGAGGAGGAAGAAGAGUAUGUGGUGGAGAAGGUCCUUGACAGGCGGGUGGUGAAAGGGAAAGUGGAGUACUUGCUCAAAUGGAAAGGCUUCUCAGAUGAAGAUAACACGUGGGAGCCAGAGGAGAACCUUGACUGUCCUGACCUCAUUGCGGAGUUCCUGCAAUCCCAGAAAACAGCACAUGAAAGUGACAAGUCAGAAGGAAGCAAGCGCAAGGCUGAGUCGGAUUCAGAGGACAGGGGGGAGGAAAGCAGACCAAAGAAAAAGAAAGAGGAGGCUGAGAAGCCUCGAGGCUUUGCAAGAGGGUUUGAGCCAGAGCGGAUUAUUGGUGCCACAGAUUCCAGUGGGGAGCUCAUGUUCCUGAUGAAAUGGAAGAACUCUGAUGAAGCUGAUCUGGUCCCUGCCAAGGAAGCUAAUAUCAAGUGCCCACAGGUGGUCAUCUCGUUUUAUGAGGAGAGACUGACAUGGCACUCCUACCCAUCUGAAGAUGAUGACAAGAAGGAUGACAAGAACUAGCCUACCUACCCUUCUGCCCCCAUCUCUCCUCUGGCUGACUUUGGUAUUAAAACAUCAGACUGUGGGUUUGAACAUGAGUGAGGAAGCGAAGAGGCUCAUGGCUGGGGAAGGUGCCCUCUGUAGAAACAGGACAAUUUCUGUGCCCUUGACAACUUGAUAUGGCAGCACACUGCCCCUUUCUUCCUUUCUCACUAUAUAUACACAUGGGGAAAGAGGAGAGUGGGUGAGCUUCCCAGCUGUUCCUUGCUUGGGGGUUGAAGCAAAAAUAACUCCAUGCAGGAUGAAGCCUGGGGUUGAACAGGCUGCCAAAAGAGACAGCAGACAGAGGCUGUGUGUUCUUCAAAGACCAUCUCUGUGACUUGCAGCCUUUCUUCCCAAUAGUGUUAAUUGCAUUUUUACAGCUUAGCAUGUGUGUAGCUUUUCUUUUUUCCUUUUUGCUAUUGUUGGGGUGGGAUGGGAGGGUGCAUUCUGAUUGAUUUGGGAUUGGGGUGGUUCAUUGUAUCCAGAAUUACAAUUCUUGCAAAAUACAUGCCUCUUCCUACAAGUGGAAUUGACAACUCCUGAGAGGCUGGAGCUUAAGUAUUUAAGUUACAAUUUGAUUGCAACCAUGAAUUCAGUAAUCUACCAGAAUUAUUACUUAGAAAAUUGAAAAGGAGGAAGCUUCCUCAUAUUUUGACCCACUCAUCCUAGUGAGGGCACUCUAUCGCAAAAUUAUGUGACAAACAUUUUUAGUACUUCUGCAUCCUUUUUAUUCUGUCCAGCCAGCAUCUGUGGGUUCUUGACCUAGUUUUUCCCUGUAUGUAUGUGAAGUUUAGGCUUUCUUUUAAGAGAAUCAAGAUGUUGAGGGGAAGGAAAGCAAGGAGAUGAAAUCUACCCCCUACCCCCCUAAUAGCACAAUGUAGGUAGUAGGUUUCAGAACAUUCUGUAAACAGCUAUCUUCUGUUUAGACUUGGGCAUUGAUGAUUGCUUUCCUUGCCCUGGUCCUACACUGAUUUCAUUUCAUUUUUAAUCUAACUAGAUUUCUUUUGUUUUUACAAAGGAGAAUUUUACCUCUGAAUUUGUUCACACCCCAACAAGCCACCAACACCUAUUCCUCCUUCAUGGGGGGUGGGGGGUGGCAUGUACGUAGAAAUGUACAAACCUUUUUUUAUAAAGCAUGUUAUAGGUUUCUGUGAAAAUGUUGUCUAAAACUCAAGUGUUUGGAUUAACUUCAUACUGAACUGUGUUUUUGUCUCAAUAAAACUUUAGAUUUAUA